ACAGGUAUAAGACCAUGGCAGCAGCACAGAUAUUUCCAUUUGAAAUACCACGGAAUGAAAAAGAAAAUUAUUUCCGCAUGCACCUGCUCUUAGAACAUGCAACGGACGUGCUUCGAGAUGUUCUCAGGACUCAGCUACAAGCAGCUUAUCCGGGACUGUUUGAUCCCAUUAAAACUGAUAAACUUUUUGACAUACUUGAUAAGCAACAAGUCAAACAUUCCUUGCUUCUGUUGAAAAAGAGAAAGGUAAUAAACUCGAGUCAAAUGAAACUCCUGUACCCCUCUGGCAACCCUUCAACAACUGUGACAACACAGGACUUAGAUAUUACACUUGCAGUUGUUUUCUUAAGAAACAUCACCAAUCUGAACCCUCGUGCUACAUGGGAAAACCCACCAGCUUCCGACACCUCCAUAGAGGCCAACAUUGGUAGAGUGAAGACCUACCGCAAUCGGCUCUCGCAUGGACAUCAUCUUGGCAUCACUGACACAGCAUUUCAGACAGAGUUUGAUGCCCUCAAGCAAGUCCUGCUGUCACUGUCCCCAAUAUAUAGCAGCGAUGAUUACGACAAGCUACUUAUUGUGCCUCUGGAUGCUAAAGUUGCCCCAUGUCAGCUCCUCUCAGUACAGCUACCAGGAAAACUUGCUGACCUUAAAGGCCGUGAAGAAUUGGUGCAACGAAUAAAGCAGCACAUUGCAGGUGAAACCCGACUUGUUCUUCUAACUGGGAUGGGGGGCAUUGGGAAGACAUCGGUGGCUAUCGAGGUCGGGCAUCAAGAACAAAAUGUACUGUAUUUUGAUAUGAGACAAGCCACUAACCUUGAAUCUGUCAAGUUAGCUCUAGUUCAGCACUACCACCCAACACGAUCCCUGAAAGAUUUAUACAGUGAUUAUCAAAAUAUACUCAUACAAACUUUGUCUAGUUUAACUUCAGACACUGUUAUCAUUUUUGAUAACAACGAUGAGGUUAUUAAGUCAAAUUUGCAGGACUUUCACAGCUUGCUUCAGAAUGUUUUAAAUUCAUCAAAGCAUAUCACUUUGUUGUGUACCAGUCGUGAAGCAUUCAGUCUUUUGUCACAUAAUAUGGCUGUUGCAGAAGUACCCCACCUUGAUAAGGCCUCCUCCAUUGAUAUCCUUUGGGAAGGAAAACCCACUAGUCCCACUGAUAGUGAGUCAUUAGUGUUAGGUGAAAUAGCAGAGAAAUGCGGGGGGAACCCCCUUGCGCUCAAAUUAUUAGCAGUUCAACUCAAGAAAAAAACUGCGCAGAGAGUAUUAGAUAGGAUGAAAAACAAAAAUGUUAUUGAAAGCCUUAAGGUAGCAAAUCUUCCAGCUUCUCAAGAAAUGAUGGCAUGUCUGGAUAUGUCUUAUGAAACACUGAAUACUGAAGAACAGAAAGUGUUUCGGGCUUUGCACAUAUUUCCAAUUUCAUUUACCUUGGAAGAAGUUUCAGAAAUGUUAGAAAUAGAUGAGGAUGAAUGUGAAUCUAUCCUUGACAGUCUUUGCAACAAAUCCCUUCUUAGUUCAGAUCCUAGAUUCUAUGAUCUCCACCCCUUAUUGAGAUCUUAUGCAGCGUUUCGAGCUGGAACACAUCAAAAUGAAAUAUCUCGCAUACUAAAUGCGUACUGUAAACUUUACAUGAAACAAAUGCCUGAUCUGGUAUUGGAAUGCGAUAUCAGUUCGUCCAAGGAAACGUAUGAGAAAGUUAAAAAAAUACUGCCACAUUUUAAGGUUAUAGCUAGGUGGCUGUCAGAAGAACUCCAUGAUAAAAAAACGGCAUUAUUACAAGGUAGUCUGUUUUUAAUUGCAUGUAUAUUUCAAAGCGUUUUCUUAUACCCUGAAGCAUUAACCAUACUUCAAAUGUUGGAAUUACGGGAUGAAAAAUAUUUUCUGUUUGAAGGAAUUGGUCCAAUUAUCUAUGUCAAAAUUGGUGAAGUGCUGCAAGGAAUGGGCAACUAUAAAGAGGCGCUUACAUAUUAUGAGAGAUAUCUUAAAAUCCUGAAAGAAAUCUUUGGUGAGAAACACCCCUGUGUUGCAGAGGUGUAUAUUAAUAUCGGUGGUGUACUAAAAAGUAUGGGUCAUUACACAGAGGCACUUAAAUAUUAUGAGAAAAAUCUUGAAGUCCUUGGUGAAGAACACCCUGAUAUUGCUACGACAUACUUGAAUAUUGGUAAUGUACUAUGUGCCAUGGGUAAGUAUGCAGAGGCACUUACAUAUUAUGAAAAAUGUCUUGAAACUCAGAAAAAGAAAGUUGGUGAGAAACACCCUGCUAUUGGUUGGACAUACUCGAAUAUUGGCAGUGCACUACGUGACAUGGGUAAGUACACAGAGGCACUUACAUAUUACGAGAAAUUUCUUGAAAUCACGAAAGAAAUACUUGGUGAGAAACACCCUGGUACUUGUAGGGCAUACCACAAUAUUGGCAAUGUACUAUGUGACAUGGGAAAAUACCCAGAGGCUCUUACGUAUUAUAAGAAAUAUCUUGAAAUCAUGAAAGAAAUACCGGUAGUUGGUGAGGAAAACCCUGAUAACGGGACGACAUACCAGAAUAUUGGUGUUGCACAUUGUGGCAUGGGUAAGUACGCUGAGGCACUUGCAUAUUUUCAGAAAUCCCUUGAAAUAAGGAAAGCAAUAUUUAGCGAGAAAAGCUCUGAGACUGCCGAGACAUACAUUUUUAUUGGUACUGCACUAGAACAUAUGGAUAAGGACCUAGAGGCACUAACAUAUUAUGAAAAAUGUCUUGAAAUUCAGAAAGAAAUACUAGGUGAGAAACACCCUGAUACUGCUAAGGCAUACCAACAUAUUGGCAGUGCACUAUGUAAGAUGGGUAGGUACCCAGAGGCACUUCCAUGUUAUGAGACAUCUCUUAAAAUCAUUAAAGAAAAAUUUGGUGAAAAACAUCUUGCUACUGCUAAGAUAUACCGGGAUAUUGGCAGGGCACAAUACCUCAUGGGUAAGGGCCCAGAGGCACUUCCAUAUUGCAGGAAGUCUCUUAAAAUCAUAAAAGAAAUGUAUGGUGACAAACAUCCUGAUGCUGGAGAGACAUACCUUUAUAUUGGCAAUGCACUAUAUCACAUGGGUAUGUACGCAGAGGCACUUACAUAUUAUGAAAAAUCUCUCGAAAUCUUUAAAGAAAUCUUUGGUCAAAAACAUCCCGAUACUGCUGCGUCAUACCUAAAAGUAGGUCAAACACUAAAUCGCAUGGGUAAGCACUUUGAGGCACUUAGUUGUUAUACGAAAUCCCAUGAAAUCUACGAAGAACAUUUUGGACCCAACCAUGACCAAACAAAGACUCUGGAUAAUAGGGUCUGUGUAAUAAAAAAGUUUCUAUUGAAUAAAGUGCUGAUGAAUAUGAGCAAAUAUCUUGCCAGUGAAUUGAUAGUUAAACGCGAGUUUCACCAAGCAAGUCAGAUUUUAGGUUUUAUUGGUUGGGAUUUCAAUUUUUAUUACAAAUUUUAAUGAAAUCUUUACAAUUUGUUGACGUGCAUGGUGUUCAAUAUAUGUUUCACUUUGGGAUGUUCACGAGUGGGGAUGAUAUCUGAGAUGAUUACUUUUUUAUCAGUGUUUGUCUGUUAGUGAUGUUCGUCACUAAUAAAUCCCCUGUCACACAGGGCUCCGGUGUACGUCAUGCUAAGCCUUACUGUAUGAAUCUAAUAGAGGACGUGCUCUCUGCUACACGAACCCUGUUUCUUCCUUUUUAAUCUACAUCCCAAACAGAUAGGAGCUUCCAGUUUAAACCCGUAGUGCAUCGUCAUAUGUAUAUCAUGUGAUAUAUCCUCAAGACUUUCCAGUUAAAUACGUAGUACAUCCACAUAUCUAUACGAUGUGGUACCUCCCUGUGAUUUUUGUCAAAAUUUUCCAGGCUACAAUAUAUAUAGGUGUACCGUUUUUCCUGACUAAUCUGAUCUUAACAUAUAGUUCGGACUUCACAGAAAUCGAUCAUCUUACCAUGGCAAAGCCACAUUUUCACAUUCAUCCUCAACUAUAUGAUGGAGAUUUGCUUCAUUUAAUUUCAAAGAUCUAAACAAGAACAGUGUUUUUUGGAGGGUUAUAAAGUGUGUUGAACUAUUUCUUGUAUGUCAGACAAAGCAGAUAAUAAGCAUUCGUUUCAACUUAAAGGUCAUUGUUAAAAAAUUGAAAUACACGUACAUUUAACAUUUAGCAAAUGUACAGUCAUCUAGACAUAAGUUCACCAGACCUAACUGGCGCAUAUUACUUUAAAAUUCCACGUCGCUGGCAGAUACAGAUAAGUGACGCUUAGAAUUUCUCUUCUCCCUCCAAGGGGAAAUAUGAGACUCACGAUCAGUUCCUUACAAAAUGGGAAGAAACAACAGACCCUACAACCAAAGCACUGUAACAUUCCGACUUUUUUUUUUUUUUUUUUUUUUUUUUUUUGCAUAUCAAUAUAUUCAGUUAAAUGAUGACAUUAUGGGUCUCCUACCUGCUACGAUAUCUUGAAUCUGCCAGCGCACGUGGUUUUAUAUCCAAGUGUUCUUAUCAAGUUUUAAGGUUGAACAGUUUUAUUUGUUGUUUGUUUUUGAUUAACAUGCUGCUUUUCGUUGGUCAAUAGCUUAAGAGCUAAUUAACUAAAUUUAUCAACUAAAAUUUGAUCUGCUGGCUGGUAAAUUAAGUUAAUUUAUCUGUACCUAUUGAUAAAUGAAACUGUGUUUGUUUAUCAAGUUUUAAUGUUAUCUAACAACACGUAUUCUGAUAUAUACCCUUAUCAGGCAUAAUUCAACAGCCGAUUUGCUUUGUUCACUUGUGUUAUUGUAAUGUCAGAUGUGUGAUGAAUAUUAAG